CACCAAUACAGCGCUCUGUUUCAUAUGAGCUUGCGCCUCCGGUCGUAGCUGCGCGCUCCUUGCGGAAAGCACCGGCUCAACCCCCUAUGGCUAAACUCUCCCCAGCUAGGCCAGAUGAACCACGACCGAAUGCUUCUAUGAGAGACGACUUUGAAGACGAAGUUGCAAGACAAGCUGAGGUGAUGAGGCAAGAGCGACUCUCGCGGCGCAUCACGCAUGCUCAAGACUCGAUUGGUACUUCUGGUUCCAGUCGGCCAACCGAAGCAGGUCCCUCUGUGAUAUCAAACGUGCCGGAACCGAACUCAAAGGAUAAAGGGAAAAGGCGAGCUAGUGGGGCGGCAACUGAUAGUCAGCCUGGUGUUUUGAUUGGUAAUUUGAUAAGCGAAGGUCAUGCAAACUAUGUAUUGAUGUACAACAUGCUCACUGGUAUUCGGAUAGGUGUGUCACGCUGCCAAGCGAAACUGAAACGUCCUCUGACACCGGAAGACUACACAGCUCGCCAUAAGUUUUCUUUCGACAUAGUCGGUAAUGAACUGACGCCCUCAGCAAAGUAUGACUUCAAGUUCAAAGACUAUGCUCCAUGGGUCUUUCGUGAAUUACGGGAAUACUUUCACCUCGAUCCUGCGGAUUAUCUUUUAUCAUUGACGGCUAAAUACAUUCUAUCCGAGAUUGGUUCACCUGGAAAAUCCGGUUCUUUCUUUUACUUUAGCAGAGACUAUCGGUUCAUCAUCAAGACCAUUCAUCAUGCUGAGCAUAAGUUUUUACGUGGAAUUCUGCAACGAUAUCAUGAACAUGUCAAGGCGAACCCACACACAUUACUUAGUCGAUUCUAUGGGCUUCAUCGAGUCAAACUCCCUCGCGGUCGGAAAAUCCAUUUCGUGAUCAUGAAUAAUUUGUUUCCUCCGCAUCGUGACAUCCACGAAACUUAUGAUUUGAAGGGAUCUGCUAUCGGUCGUGAAUACCCGGAAGACAAAGCCAAAGCCGGUGCAGUUUUGAAAGACUUGAACUGGAUCCACAGAUCCAAAGCAAUUGACUUGGGACCCACGAAGCGCACUGUAUUUGAGGACCAGCUUAAACGCGAUACAAAGCUUCUACAGGCUCUUGGUAUCAUGGACUACAGUUUGUUGAUCGGACUACACGAUAUGACGAGAGGCAAUCGAGAUCGCUUGCGGGAUGAUCAAUUACGCGUCUUCCAACCUGUGACAACCGGUGUCAAUCGUCAGCCUACUCAGAUUCGCCGCGAACAAGAAUUGGCUGCCUCAGCCUUACGCAAAGCUGUACAGCAAUCAGAUCCUCAAGCCUUCUCUGAGGUCAACAGACUACCGUUGAAGGAUCAUUCCGAGCGUAGACAUUUCACCUUUUAUCAAGAUGAGGGUGGGUUCCAGGCGACGGAUGGCGAUAACAACUCCAUGCCCAUGAUCUAUUAUCUUGGCAUCAUUGACAUACUAACCCCAUACUCUUCUGUCAAACGAUUUGAACACUUUUGGAAGGGGCUAUCACAUGACAAACACAUGAUAUCAGCCGUGCCACCUGAAGAAUAUGGCAACCGAUUCCUCAACUUCUUGCUCUCUAUCAUUCGUGGUGGAGAUGUUUCGAUAAGACCCAGAAUGGAAUAGUUGACUUUCUUUCCACCCCAUCAACAUCUUAACUUUCACAUAUUAUCUUAUGCCUUGUGUCAUUCUUCCUUUCACAAUACAUUCAUUUAUUUUUUGCGAAUUGACUUUUUUCUUAGAUUUCUUUGAUUUUGGUGUCAGUGUUUUGGGUCUUUUUUUAUGUCCUAGAGGCUAGGAGUUUUUUUUAUGAUGUACACCUUUCUUCCUAUCGUUUUGGUUUUUUUUUCGAUACUUCUUACCUUCAUUUACCACUAUAAAUAUACAUAUAUACAUAUGUAUAUAUAUACUCUAACAUUACUUUUCAUCGAUCUCUUGUUCUUCUCUUUAUAAACAAACACUCAUUUGAAACUCUUGUUUCUUUUAAACCUCUUGACCUUUUAUUAUCAUUUACAUUUUUAUAUUUUUCCUUUGAACCAAAUACCCACCUCUUUUCUUUUGAUCAUUGUAGUAUGUGGUUUCUGUAUAUUACACAUUUACAAGGUUUGGUUUAUAUAUUUUUUUCCUAAUAUUGAAGAUAUGAAAAUUCAUUUUUCUUUGAUCUUGGGAUUAUCAUUCACCUUGAAUUUCAAACCAUUCUUGAUAGUUG